CAGACACCCAGCGCUUGGAGCUGAACCGACAGCAUGAAGGCCCUCCUGGCCCUGCCACUGUUCCUGCUUCUCUCCACGCCUCCCUGUGCCCCUCAGGCUGCUGGAAUCCGGGGAGAUGCUCUGGAGAAGUCUUGCCUUCAGCAACCCCUGGAUUGUGAUGACAUCUAUGCCCAGGGCUACCAGGCAGACGGUGUCUACUUGAUCUACCCCUCCGGCCCCAGCGUGCCUGUACCUGUCUUCUGUGAUAUGACCACCGAGGGCGGAAAGUGGACGAUUUUCCAGAAGAGAUUCAACGGCUCAGUGAGUUUCUUCAGGGGGUGGAACGACUACAAGCUGGGUUUCGGCCGUGCUGACGGGGAGUACUGGCUAGGCCUGCAGAAUCUGCAUCUCCUGACCCUGAAGCAGAAGUACGAGCUGCGUGUGGACUUGGAGGACUUUGAGAACAACACAGCCUACGCCAAGUAUGUGGACUUCUCCAUUUCACCCAACGCGAUAAGUGCUGAGGAGGAUGGCUACACCCUCUAUGUGGCAGGUUUCGAAGACGGUGGCGCAGGUGACUCCCUGUCCUACCACAGCGGCCAGAAAUUCUCCACCUUCGACCGAGACCAGGACCUCUUUGUGCAGAACUGCGCGGCUCUCUCCUCAGGAGCCUUCUGGUUCCGCAGCUGCCACUUUGCCAAUCUCAAUGGCUUCUACCUAGGCGGUGCCCACCUUUCCUAUGCCAAUGGCAUCAACUGGGCCCAAUGGAAAGGUUUCUACUACUCCCUCAAGCGCACUGAGAUGAAAAUUCGCCGGUCCUAAGGCGCUGGCAUCAGUCACCCCAGACCCUCCCCUGGCUACUCCAGUUUCUAUGAGUGCUCCCUCCGCAUCCCGCCCCUGCCUUUUCCUGGCCCCACAUAGUCCCCAAUCUGUCCAAUCUGCAGCUCUCAGCACCUACUUCUCAAAGCAUCCCUCAUGGCUCCACAUGAUCCCAUCCCACAGCCAGAGCCAAGCCAGGCCUCUGGUCCCUCCACCUGAGACAAUGUGGCCAGCAGCUGCCUGGCUGCCCCAGCUUGGGCUCCCCAAUGCUAGGAGUCACCGGUGUCCCGGCCCGGAGGCUAAGAGCUAGCCCAAGGGACUCCACCUUAGCCCAGCAUCCAUGCCGUGAACUGUUCUGAGGCUGCCCUGGUCAACUUAGCUCAUUCAGUCUGACCAAUACCCAUAAUACAUGCCAUAUCUCAUCCCUGCGUUCCCUCCAGCCAUGGAAUAUCUUCCCUUCUUGGUUUCCUUCCCACCCACUUACCACCCAGGAGUGAGCACCAUGGACUUCCCCAAUCCCAUCUAUUGUACUCAGCUUCCUUCACCUAUCUGUUCCAGACCCCCAAAGCUCAAUGCAGAGACUAUUUUACAACAGCUAUUGCAUACCAGCUCCAAGCAGCCACAACUAAGGUAGGCAUAGAGCUGAGGUCCACCCACCUCCUCAUCCCCUGCCCCCGCCCCCUGGGGUUGAAGUUUGACCAUGGAAAGGCAGAGGGCAACCUCUGUAGGGCUGAGAGUAAGGGGGGAUGAGAGGUCUCAAUAAACCUCAGCACCUAAAUAAAGUGGCUUUGACUUUUGUGCAUGUGAAUGUGGUUG